UUUUUUUUAAACAAUGUAAAAUAUAAUUGAGAUUGAUCCAUAAGCAAUAUUGGAAUUUGUAGCAGAAGAGAAUAGGCUUGGUCAUGCUCAAUUAACUCUAAAAAAUCUAAGACAAUAAUAAAUUGCAUUUAAAGUAUUUAGAUUUUAGAUUUUAGAUAAAAACAACAGUUCCUUAAUUGUUUUAAGUAAAACCAAGUGUUGGUGUAAUUGAGAGUGAUCAAUCUAUGAUAAUUGAAAUAUCUACAACUUAAGCAAUUAAAUAAAAUUAAAAGUUUGAUGCUAAAUUCUAAAUAAAUGCUUGUGUAAAGAAUUCAAAUGAAUAAGGUACUUUUUAUAUAUAAAGGAGAUUUGAGUACAUUUUGGAUAAACAGAGAUCAAUCAACAAUAUAAACAUUAUUACUAAAGAGCAAGUUAAAAUACGAUAAUAGUCCAUAAGAUUAAUAGAUUCAAUAAUAAUAAUAAAAUAGUGAUUCUAAAAUAUUGGAAUCAAGUGUUUUUAAUUCAACUCAUUCUGAUUCAAAAAUGUUUAAGUCUAUAAAAGAAGAGAGUUAAUAGGAUGAGUAAUUGAAAUAAUAUAAAGAGCAAUUAGAUAAAUUGGUAAGAAUUAAAUAAAUAUUUUGUAGUCUUAAGAAUAUUAAUUCUUCAAAAAUAAGUUUGAAUAAAAUCAAUUGAAUAGUUUAUAAAUGACAGGUAUAUGAAAAAAAUAAAAGUAGAUAAGAAUAGAAUAAAUACAAAAUAA